UCAACAGACCCACCAAUGUCAACAGACCCACCAAUGCCAACAGACCCACCAAUGCCAACAGACCCACCAAUGUCAACAGACCCACCAAUGCCAACAGACCCACCAAUGCCAACAGACCCACCAAUGCCAACAGACCCACCAAUGUCAGCAGACCCACCAAUGCCAACAGACCCACCAAUGUCAGCAGACCCACCAAUGCCAACAGACCCACCAAUGUCAGCAGACCCACCAAUGCCAACAGACCCACCAAUGUCAGCAGACCCACCAAUGCCAACAGACCCACCAAGGCAGAGGUAAACUUCCAGUUUUCCGGUGUGGUGCUGGUGGUGAGAUGCUCUGCUGGUGGGGAGGAUCAAUCCCCACCAUAAGGAAGCUGUUUCCAUACUCAUUAUUUUGUUUCAAAACAGAGGUUAGAACCUACAAGGAAUUAAAAAUGCAUUGGUCCUUCUGCGAAUAUUUUAGAAGUUAGGUGCUUAGUGUCUAAAAUCUCCCCUGUAUGAGGUCAUGAAAUUGAUUUCUCAGAACAUUUAUCCUUCUCUCCCCUCCAGCAGUGUGUUGUUAUGGCUACCAAGCAUUCAGCUAUGCUGAACUCGAAAGCCAGAGAACUUACACGUGUGAAAACACUUUUCUGAUAUUUAGAUACUCAAAAUGUUAUUUAAGUUCCUUUAAAGGUGAAACAUACCUCACUGUGUAAAAAACUAAAAACCUACAUGGACCAGAAGGAAUGUCGGCCUACUGUAUGUCCCUAGCACAAUAUUAUGUUAGGUCUCUAUUAGUCUACUGUAUGUCCCUAGCACAAUAUUAUGUUAGGUCUCUAUUAGUCUACUGUAUGUCCCUAGCACAAUAUUAUGUUAGGUCUCUAUUAGUCUACUGUAUGUCCCUAGCACAAUAUUAUGUUAGGUCUCUAUUAGUCUACUGUAUGUCCCUAGCACAAUAUUAUGUUAGGUCUCUAUUAGUCUACUGUAUGUCCCUAGCACAAUAUUAUGUUAGGUCUCUAUUAGUCUACUGUAUGUCCCUAGCACAAUAUUAUGUUAGGUCUCUAUUAGUCUACUGUAUGUCCCUAGCACAAUAUUAUGUUAGGUCUCUAUUAGUCUACUGUAUGUCCCUAGCACAAUAUUAUGUUAGGUCUCUAUUAGUCUACUGUAUGUCCCUAGCACAAUAUUAUGUUAGGCCUCUGUUAGCCUACUGUAUGUCCCUAGCACAAUAUUAUGUUAGGUCUCUGUUAGUCUACUGUAUGUCCCUAGCACAAUAUUAUGUUAGGUCUCUAUUAGUCUACUGUAUGUCCCUAGCACAAUAUUAUGUUAGGUCUCUAUUAGUCUACUGUAUGUCCCUAGCACAAUAUUAUGUUAGGCCUCUGUUAGCCUACUGUAUGUCCCUAGCACAAUAUUAUGUUAGGUCUCUGUUAGUCUACUGUAUGUCCCUAGCACAAUAUUAUGUUAGGCCUCUGUUAGUCUACUGUAUGUCCCUAGCACAAUAUUAUGUUAGGUCUCUAUUAGUCUACUGUAUGUCCCUAGCACAAUAUUAUGUUAGGCCUCUGUUAGCCUACUGUAUGUCCCUAGCACAAUAUUAUGUUAGGUCUCUGUUAGUCUACUGUAUGUCCCUAGCACAAUAUUAUGUUAGGCCUCUGUUAGCCUACUGUAUGUCCCUAGCACAAUAUUAUGUUAGGCCUCUGUUAGCCUACUGUAUGUCCCUAGCACAAUAUUAUGUUAGGCCUCUGUUAGCCUACUGUAUGUCCCUAGCACAAUAUUAUGUUAGGCCUCUAUUAGCCUACUCAACAAGCAUCACAGACAAAUGUACAUAAGUAUAGACAGGUGGGUUGUGACCAACAAAACCGAUGGGUGUGCAACUCAAUCAAAGGAUUAUUGACUAAUAAGUAAACUACAUUUUGUUGCCAAAUGUUUACUGAAAACACAAAUGAAUUCGAACAAUAUGCACUUGUUGUCCCCAUUACAAUGGCAUCCUAUUAUCUAUGUAGUGUUCAACAGGACCCACUAGGCUCUGGUCAAAAGUAGUGCACUAUAUAGGGAAUAGGGUGCUAUUUGGGACACACACUCUCCAUCUAUGACUUGUUUGUAACUGGACAUUUUCAACAGCUAUGAAUAUAUGUGCCAUUUGAAAGCACUUGAGGGCUUGGAUGUGUUUGUGAAUGCAGUUGACAUACGCUGAGUGUACAAAGCAUUAGGAACAUCUUCCUAAUAUUGAUUUGCACCAUCCCCUUUUUGCCCUCAGAACAGCCUCAAUUCGCUGGGCUUGGACUCUACAAGGUGUCGAAAGCGUUCCACAGGGAUGCUGGCCCAUAUUGACUUCAAUACUUCCCACAGUUGUGUCAAGUUGGCUGGAUGUCCUUUGGGUGGUAGAACAUUCUUGAUACAUACGGGAAACUGUUUAGCAUGAAAAUCCCAGCAGCUUUGCAGUUCUUGACACAAACGGGUACUCCUGGCACCUACUACCAUACCCUGUUCAAAGGCACUUAAAUAUUUUGUCUUGCUCAUUCAUCCUCUUAAUGCCACGCACACACUCCAUGUCUCAAUUGUCGCAAGGCUUUAAAAUCCUUCUUUAUCCUGUCUCCUCCCCUUCAUCUACACUGAUUGAAGUGGAUUUAACAGGUGACAUCGAUAAGGGAUCAUAGCUUUCACCUGGAUUCACCUGGUCAGUCUACGUCAUGGAAAGAGCAUUUGUUCUUAAUGUUUUGUACACUCAGUGUAUCUGUGUUAGUAUCAUGUCCCACAUGGUGUCACCCCAACAUAGCAUCAGGCACAGCCAGGUUAGUGAAUGUAACCUAUCAUCACAUUCUGGUUAACUAAAAUUAACAUGUUUGUUAUACUUAUUACCCCCUCUCUCUCUCCCUGCCCCCAUCUCUAUCUC